UCUGAUUUGAGGAGGGCAGUUCUUCUUUUUCUACUGUCUUGUGGGAAUGAGUUGCCAACCUUUUACUUCAGCUGAUACCUUUAUACCUCUGAAUUCUGAGUCUCCUGCAACUCUGCCUCUGAUAAUGCAUCACAGCGCUGCUGAAUGCCUACCAGUCUCCAACCAUGCCAAUAAUGUGAUGUCUACAGUCCCGUCUGUUUUGUCUUUGAUCCAAACUCCUAAAUAUUUGCACACGUAUUUCUCCGUGACAACGUUUGGAAACACAGCAACGGGACUUCACUAUUCUGUUCCUUCCUGUCAUUAUGGAAACCAGCCAUCAACCUAUGGAGUGAUGGCAGGUAGCCUGACUCCAUGUCUUUAUAAGUUUCCUGAUCAUACCUUGAGCCAUGGCUUUCCUCCCAUGCACCAGCCCCUGCUGGCAGAGGACCCCACAGCUGCUGAUUUCAAGCAGGAACUCAGGCGUAAAAGUAAAUUGGUUGAAGAACCAAUCGACAUGGAUUCUCCUGAAAUCCGAGAACUUGAAAAAUUUGCCAAUGAAUUUAAAGUGAGGAGAAUUAAGUUAGGAUACACCCAAACAAAUGUUGGGGAAGCCCUAGCGGCUGUACAUGGCUCUGAAUUCAGUCAGACAACUAUCUGCAGAUUUGAGAAUCUACAACUCAGCUUUAAAAAUGCGUGCAAACUAAAAGCGAUAUUAUCCAAAUGGUUGGAGGAAGCUGAGCAAGUUGGAGCUUUAUACAGUGAAAAAGUGGGAACAAAUGAAAGGAAAAGGAAACGGAGAACAACUAUAAGCAUUGCAGCCAAAGAUGCCUUGGAGAGACACUUUGGAGAGCAGAAUAAACCUUCCUCUCAGGAGAUCAUGCGAAUGGCUGAAGAACUCAAUCUUGAGAAAGAAGUAGUAAGGGUUUGGUUUUGCAAUCGACGGCAGAGGGAGAAACGGGUGAAAACUAGUCUGAAUCAGAGUUUAUUCACUAUUUCAAAGGAGCAUCUUGAAUGCAGAUAAAAUUUGUGAACUAGCCAGUUUUCCCACUUUUCUUUGUAUUCA